GACCCGCCCACAUCAGCGUCUGCUUCAGUGUUUGUCUGAUAGUGAGCUUUCAGCUUAUCUGUGCUUCUACAGGAAACAAACCCAGGCUUUAUAUGUAUGACGGUUUUCAGAGAGGUACAAGAUCAUGGUGGGAAAAUUAAAUGAAUUAGCCCAGCUGAGAGAUUCUGGGUUUGGUCGACCCCAGCCCAGACAUGGACUCAGACUCCUCUACUGGUUUGCCAACGAAUGUGUUUCUUUUGAUGAAGAAAAUAACAUGCUCUCUGAAUGUGACCCAGUCAGUGGAGAAUUUGGUUUCCACCAUUUUAAUAACAGAUGCUACGGGGAAAAGUUUCUUGAUGAGGAAGAUUUCCCUUACUAUGUUGUUGGAAAUCUAAACUUUGAAAAAUAUCCAGAAGCUGAAGAUCUUCCUGAUUACGUCUUAGAAGACAAAUAUACAGACGAGCACAACAGCAACACAGACCGCAUCAUCGUCAGUCUUGACCAGGACUGGUUUCAUGAAGUUUACGUGACUCAACACCUCGACCGAUCAAACAACUACGACCCAGACGCCACUCACCGGAUCUCCAGAGGCCUUCUCAUGAUCAUCAGGAGGAUGAGUUUAGAGGACUUUCUGAGGAAGAUGGAUUAUUAUACACACACACAACCUGUCAGACCCCAAACUAGAGAUUUCACAUCGGUCAGUGUGUCAUCCAGUGAUUCAUCAAAAGAGUCUAUAAUCCAGUUUAAUGAUGACAUGCCUCCACAAAACAGCUCAGAGAACCUACCCGGAUUGUGGGAAAGAUUCUGCACCAUUCUUUAAAACAGAUGUGCGUUCCAGUGAUUUGAUGGACUUCAUAUUUCUCUUUGCAAAGCCUAUAAAAAAAGAAGCAUAUAACAAACAGUAAAAUUUUUAAUGGGAAAUUAAAUUUGGUCUAAUCAGAACAGUGUUUUCUGGUGAGCUUUAUCACUACUCUUCACCAAAGGAACACAAUAUGUACAAAAGUAAUUGUACAGUAACCUUGAGCUAAUUUUUCCACAGUCAUAUCGUCCUGUCAUCCGCAUAUGAGACACACGAUAAUAUCACACAUGGUGCAUCAUUCAUAUACUUAUUUAAUCACUUAUUCAGUUACUUAUUUUGAUGUUUUAUCACCUGAAAUUAAAAAUCAUUUUCUUUCAUUUUGUAAGAAAAGAUUUGAGUUGAGUGAUGAAAAAAAAAACACAUCACGUCACAUAAAUAUUUCAAAAGGUGAGUAUAUGGAUAUCACACAUGCAGUUUGCAAACUUUGCUCAAGAGUUACGCUGGCAUAGAUUCUUAAACCAUUUUUCUGGCCUUUUUAAGAGCUAAACAAACAAGAUGAAGACUAUGAGCAGGCUAGUGCAAUGUCUGUGGUAACAUUAAAUCUUAAAAUAAAAUGAUUUACAGUUCCGAUGAUGCAGGUUUCACAAAAAAAGUAAAAAUAAAUAAAUAAAUA